AAGGACAUUUGUGAGAAAGAAUUUAAUGUUAUCAAUUUUUAAAAAGUAUCUUAUAUUUUAGACCAACAUUAAUAAAAAAAAUUGUCAUAUUUUUUGGAAGGGAGGAAGUAUAAAUUAUUCGGGUCCUGGUAUUAACAUUUAACAAUGGGAUUUGGAAAGUUAUUGCACAUAAAUCUUCAAAACCAUGAACUUUAUAUAUAUAUAUAUAUAUAUUAACCAUGGGUUAAUGAAUAUAACUAAUCGGGUGGUUUGAGCAAUGCAGUCAUGUUGCCCACUUCACUUGUUUGGGCAAAUGCAAAUCUUGUAUCCACCAAAUUUGUUAUUGUUAAAUUAAUUUGUUAAUUUAAUGUCCGAACUGCAAUAUCAAUGGAAGGACUCGCUGACGUGUGUUCCCUGUUUCCUAUAUCCUCAUCGUUAGUAACUGCUACCCCCGCAUUCAAGGCGUUGCCUCUGCAUCGUUACUCGUAUCUUCUCUCUCCUUAGAGAUCGAUUGCUUGAAGAAUCCAAACGCAAAGGCAAAGCAGAACUCUUGCAAGAGCCAUGAUAUGAAUGAAGAUUUGCGGUUUAUCGGAUAUCAUCCCCUUCAAAAUUAGUAAAAUUUUCGUCUUCGAAGCGACUAUUUUCAGAGUCAGGUUGCGGCAUUGGGAAGCGGAAUGCCCAUGGCUAAACCCUCGCUUUUCAGAUCAGAGCUCCCGCCAAUGGCCCCGGAUCUCUCCUCGGAACGCUUCCGUGGGGUUGGUUCCUCCUCCUCGUCACGACAACGCGACCUCGUGUUUGUCGUCAAUCCUCGAGGCGCUAAUGGUCGGACGGGUAAAGAGUGGAAGCAGCUUCUUCCAUAUCUACAGUCACGCUUUGGUAAAGAAUGCAAUAUAUGCGAAUCCUUAACUUCAGGUCCUUGCCAUGCUAUUGACAUUACGAGAGAGGCUAUACGGGAGGGGGCUGAUGCAGUCGUUGCGGUCGGAGGUGAUGGAACUCUUCAUGAGGUUGUUAAUGGUUUCUUCUGGGCUGGAAAGCCUGUUGCCAGUCAUGUUAAAGAGCCUUCACAUUCAACUGCUCUUGGUCUCAUUCCCCUGGGUACUGGUUCUGAUUUUGCAAGAACAUUUGGGUGGAAAAAUGAUCCUUACGAAGCCAUUGAACGCAUUUCUAAAGGGGUGAGAUCAAGGAUAGAUGUUGGUGUCAUCACUGGAGAAAAUGGAGAAGAUCACUACUUCAUAAAUGUUGCUGACAUUCAUUUGAGUGCUAAGGCAGGUUUUUAUGCUUCUAGGUACAAGAGAUUUGGUAAACUAUGCUAUGUCAUUGGCGCAUUGCAAGCCUUUAUGGGGCAUCAUAACCAGGAUUUGAGAAUCAAAGUGAAUGAAGGUGACGGGGAGACAUGUCCUCAAGUUACAGCCCUUUGCAUUGGAAAUGCAAAAUACUUUGGUGGCGGCAUGAAAAUUACACCAAAUGCUGAUCCACAUAGUGGAAAUCUUGAGGUUGUUAUUCUUCAAAACUUCAAGUGGUAUGAUUUCAUCCUCAAAUUACACAAACUGUACAAUGGUACACAUUUGUCCGUAAAAAAUGUAUCUUCGAGAAGGGUGCACUCUAUAGAGGUGGAGGACAUUUCAGGGAAGGGUGGGGUAUAUAUUCAAUCUGAUGGGGAAUAUCUGGGGUUCCUUCCCAGAAAAAUUCGUGUUCUUCCUGCUGUUAUCGAGAUGAUAUGUUGAAUCAAACAAAAGGAGAGAACUGCGGAAUGUCACUGUAAUAUACAGAAUUUCUCAGAGAGAAUGAAGGGGAACAAGGUAAUGAGUUCUCCUCUGCCGUCUUUUAAUUGUUGGCUACAACGUCAGAACUGGCAACAAGCAGGGAGGGGGAAGAUAACUCAGAACGUGAUAUGCUUUUCAUGAUGAGAUAGUGCUGUUGUGAUUCGCCAGUCAAAUACGUUUGUAGUCCUUGAAGCUUGCUAUUUACAAUAUUUUAGGAGGGGAAUACGUUUUUGCAAACGGCACAGCUUGGGGCCGGGUGCUUGUUUAUUUGUUAGUUUUCACUUUCAGAACCGUUACCCUUUUUUAUUUUAGGAAAGGAAUUCAGAAUUGUUUUUGCAUAAAGAUGAUCUGCAGAGGUUGCACAAGAAUAGGAUUUAAUUUUGAACGGUCUCUGGAUACUUAUGACUGUAAUUUUUCUUUCUAUGUAUUGUUUUAUACUUUAUAA